AUGGCCCUCAUUGUGGAUCAGCGCCGGCCCCCGGAGCUCCACGGAACACUCAGGCUACCAGCGCUAACACUGGCUGCCUCUUGUUCACAGAGGAGCCAUAUUUAUACACAACAACCACAGACUGUCACGCCGCGCAUGCUAACAGGCUACAUGCUAACAGGCUACAUGCUAACCGGCUACAUGCUAACCGGCUACAUGCUAACCGGCUACCUGCUGGAGACGCAUCAAAUCUCUGGUGCUUCUGGCCUGACUGCCAGACUCACAGGGACUGAGGCUGUGGAGGACCAGAGGGAGAGCGGAGGGAGAGCGGAGGGAGAGCGGAGGGAGAGCGGAGGGAGAGCGGAGGGAGAGCGGAGAGAGAGCGGAGGGAGGGAGAGCGGAGGGAGAGCGGAGGGAGAGCGGAGGGAGGGAGAGCGGAGAGAGAGCGGAGGGAGAGCGGAGGGAGGGAGAGCGGAGAGAGAGCGGAGGGAGAGCGGAGGGAGAGCGGAGGGAGACCAGAGGGAGAGCGGAGGGAGGGAGAGCGGAGAGAGAGCGGAGGGAGAGCAGAGGGAGAGCAGAGGGAGAGCGGAGGGAGAGCGGAGGGAGACCCGAGGGAGAGCGGAGAGAGAGCGGAGAGAGAGCGGAGAGAGAGCGGAGAGAGAGCGGAGGGAGAGCGGAGGGAGAGCGGAGGGAGACCAGAGGGAGAGCGGAGAGAGAGCGGAGGGAGAGCGGAGGGAGAGCGGAGGGAGAGCGGAGGGAGACCAGAGGGAGAGCGGAGAGAGAGCGGAGAGAGAGCGGAGAGAGAGCGGAGGGAGAGCGGAGGGAGAGCGGAGGGAGAGCGGAGGGAGAGCGGAGGGAGAGCGGAGGGAGAGCGGCGAGAGAGCAGAGGGAGAGCGGAGGGAGACCGGAGAGAGAGCAGAGGGAGAGCGGAGGGAGACCGGAGAGAGAGCGGAGGGAGAGCGGAGGGAGACCGGAGGGAGAGCGGAGAGAGAGAGCGGAGGGAGCGGAGAGAGAGAGCGGAGGGAGAGCGGAGGGAGAGCGGAGAGAGAGCGGAGGGAGAGCGGAGGGAGAGCGGAGAGAGAGCGGAGAGAGAGCGGAGGGAGAGCGGAGGGAGAGCGGAGAGAGAGCGGAGAGAGAGGGGAGAGAGAGGGGAGAGAGAGGGGAGGGAGAGCGGAGGGAGAGCAGAGGUAG